AUGGAGACGACGCUCCUAACUCAUAUCGCCGCACAGACUGCCUCCAACAUCGACUUUCUCGUCGCCAACGGGUACGUCACCCAAGCAGAAGCAGCCGGCCUGCAGAGAAAACUUUCCUCCCUCCAAUCAACAUCAACACCCGCGCCUGUUCGUCCGUCCGCCGUUAGGUCGCCCUCCAUCCCGCCACCUCCACCAGCACCAGCACCAGCACCAACCGUUGUCCAAGCCAAAGCACUCUGGGCAUACAACCUCGACGCCUCUGACCCCGACGACCUCUCCUUCGCAGCAGGGGACAUCAUCACCAUCAUUGAGGAGACCAACGCGGACUGGUGGCUUGGCGAGCACAACGGCUGCAGGGCCCUCUUCCCCGCGAACUAUGUCGAGAAGAUCACCGUGCCUGCGCCUGCAGCUAGGACUCUUCCUCCCGUGUAUAUCCCGCCUACGGGUGGUCGAUCCGUCCCUCCCGCUCCCGUUGCGACGCAGAAGAAAGAGUACAAACCCUUCAUGGCUGCCCACUCAGGCUCCAACGUCCCUCCGCCUCCUGGGGCGGGUACCAACUCUGUUGGUCUCCAGCAGGACCCCGGCCAGGAUGGGAAGAAGAGCAAGUUUGGGAAGUACGGUAAUACGAUGGCCCAUUCUGCUGCAGGUGGUGUAGGCUUCGGUGCAGGUGCUGCUAUUGGUGGUGGGCUUGUUAGAGCGAUAUUCUGA